UUAAUUCUUAAAGACAGUUUCUUAAACACUGUUCCUACUCCCUUUUUAGGACCAGGGACAUUUUGCCCUUGUGUGGGAGCAAUAGUAUGUCUCUGAAUGAUAUACACUAGUGAAAUGGAGGCUGUUUUUAAAGUGGAUUUUGGCUGUUAAUACAAAAAUUCUCAAAAUUUUAUUAAAAGUUUCCCUGGGUAGAAGAAUAAAUCAUAUGUGAGUUUUAGGGUUUAGACAUUUCAUACUUAGGUAUCACAUCACAUCUUAGUUAGCUUAAACAUAUCUAUGUUUAAGAACAGUAACAAUCUAAGUUGUUAGUUGUAGUCUGAAUUCCAGAACUAAUGUUUGUGUUAUUGUUAUUUGGUUUAGAUUUUAAUAAGUCUCUUUCUGCAGGAACCAUUGCAAUGGAUAAAUUUUAAGUCCUUCACCUUGGAACUCUGACCUUGACAUCUUCCUACAGUUGUUUACGAUUUAAAAAUCUUUCCAUGUUGUCUGUGAAUAGAUCUGCUGAUAAUUAUUAGGUUGCUGCUGGCCAGAAGUGAGAGAUAGGAUAGUGAGGAAAAGGCUACUGCUUUAUGUCCACAGUGAAUCUCUCCUGUCAGUUCAGUAUAGUGCCAUAGUUAAUUUCAGAAGGAAAAUGGGUCAAGCUUGAAAAAACAACAUACAUGGAUCCUACUGGUAAAAUAAGAACUUGGGAAACUGUGAAACGUACAACCAGGAAAGGACAGUCGGCUGAUGGUGUGGCGGUCAUCCCAGUGCUGCAGCGCACGCUUCACUACGAGUGCAUUGUUCUGGUGAAGCAGUUCCGACCGCCAAUGGGAGGCUACUGCCUAGAGUUCCCCGCAGGUCUCAUCGAUGAUAACGAAAGCCCAGAAGCAGCCGCUCUUCGGGAGCUUGAGGAAGAAACUGGCUAUAAAGGUGAUGUUGCAGAAUGUUCUCCAGCUGUGUGUAUGGAUCCAGGUUUGACAAACUGUACCACACACAUCGUGACAGUAACUAUUAACGGAGAUGAUGCUGAAAACGUGAGACCUAAGCCAAAGCCAGGAGAUGGAGAAUUUGUCGAAGUAAUUUCCUUACCAAAGAAUGACCUGCUCAAGAGACUGGAUGCUCUGGUAGCAGAAGAACAUCUGACCGUGGACGCCAGGGUGUACUCCUACGCUCUGGCACUGAAACAUGCAAACACAAAGCCGUUUGAAGUGCCUUUCCUGAAGUUUUAAGGCCAAAGGACAGUAGCCAUGUUUUUAUAAAUAAGACCAUCAGGCCUCCUUCACUAAGACUUUGUAUUCAGCUUAGCUUCCUGUAGACUUGAAAUUAGCUUUUUUCAUUAAAUAAAAGCAAUACAGAAUACA